CUUUCACACCGCCCACAACGUGGCUUGCAAUUGACAGCCAUGGCUUCCACCAUGAGCGUCGCUGGUGUGUCUGGUGACACGAACGUUCUGCGUGCUGGGCCAGCCUCGCCCGCGCGAGCUGUGGUCUUCUUUGAGGGAGACCAGAUUACUGAUGAAGAUACGCGCGAGAUUCUGGGCUUAGAGCGCUGCUCUCCCGAGGGGCACCUAAAGAGCAUGGCUGCACACUUCCCGGACGCUCUGGUUCUUCUGGUCAUGCCCACGACCGUGGUGUCUGCGGGCCAGGCCUGCUUCGGCAACUUCAUUUGUGCUUCCACAGCAACAGGCGAGCCGCUAGGCUUCAAGCCGCAGGAGUACCGUGCGGCCGCACACAUCCGCGCUAUCCUUGCGGCAAGCGGCUUUAACGUCGCGGCCUCCGUGGAACUGGUGGGCUUCAGCAAGGGCGCCGUGGUGCUGAACCAGCUGCUCACGGAGAUGGCCUGGCACGAGGAGGCGCUCGCCAACUCGGGAGGCGCGGGUCCGGGCGUCGCAGCUGCUGGCGCCGGCGCCAGCACCGGUGCCGCAUCUGGGUCAAGCGUGCCGUCGUCCGCAGGCGGAGUUUGCAUGCCAGCGGCGGCUCGGGCGGUGGCCACGGGUGCUGCGCCGCGCACGGCAGCGCCAGCAGACGCGCGCCUUCUGGACAGCAUCCGCACUGUCCACUUCCUGGAUGCGGGCCUGAAUUCGCGAGGUGUGCACCUGACCGAUGCGGGCGUGGUGCACUGGCUGGGCCGGCGCCACCAGCGCCUGCCACUGGAUUUGCAGCUGCACGGCACCCCACGCCAGUGGGCGGACCGCAAGCGGCCCUGGAUUACGGCCGAAAAGACACGGUUCAUAGAGCUACUCAAAACCGCGGAGUGCCGGAUCAGCCCACGCGAAGUGGCGUACUUCUCGGGACAGCCGGGGACGUUGAAACAGCAUUUUGACAUCAUCGCUGCCAUGCAGCCACGCGCAGAGGCUGCCAAUUAGGUAAGCACCUUCUACGACAAGCGUCUUAGGCUGGGAGGCGCAUGUGGGCGGGCAACGUUAAACCGGUUACGGCGUAACGGUGGCCCUGACUAUGCCUGCAUGGGCUUGCGAGUUGUCCAGGAAGCGAGGGCCGCAACAAUGGCGCCAGGCCCUGCCGGUGAUCCUGCU